GCAUUGGUUUCGAGUACUCCAAACGGAGCAAUCCCGCUGUGCAACAAAUUCUGGCAACCUGGGGGACUCAGACACCAGCUCAGCAGAUUCCUUGGCAAGUGAGCCCUGGCAUACCCGAACUCCCACCCGCCGACACUGCAGAGGCAGCGCGUCGCGCAGCUGCGGCGGAGCGGCCGCCCGCCGUGCGAUGGAUCUAUGGGAAUUUAAACGAGACAGCAGCGGCCGACUGGCUCCGCAGUUUGCAGCAGGCGGAGACAGGGCCUGUGCCCACGCCCGAACAGAGCCAGUUCCUGCAAGCCAUCAUAAACCGCUGCCUAACAGAAACCACCGAGGAACAGACCCAGCGGAUAGGCAAGAGCGAACCAUGGAGAGGGAUUUGCCAUGGAGUCCCCGGCGCAGGAAAAAGUCAAACGUUGAAGUGGCUCCGACGCUUCUUUGAAGAGCUCUGCAGGUGGCGCCACCAGACGGAAUUCGUCUAUCUAGCCCCUCAAAAUACCCAGGCCGCGCUAAUUCAAGGCAUGACGCUGCAUGCGUUCGCGAACAUCCGCAUCAAAGCCAAAGGCCGAGGCGGCGAACGAGAGCGAGGGCCCGACCAAUUCGUCCAAUACCAACGGUUGCGUUGGCUCGUGCUAGACGAAAUUUUCACAGUCGGCCUCGAAGUCCUAGCCACCCUCGAAAAAAAGGUCGCCCAAGCCACCCGAACAAAAGGCACUUGGAAGAACAAUGGCAGGGGCGAGGUGGCCGGGCUCCAAAAGGUUUUGUGGUCGCGGACUGAAUCCGGUAUCCACGCACUCUUCGAGUUGACCACCGAGCAACGUUGCGUGGACCCCUGGCUAAGCCUAGUCUUGAAACAAGCACGCCACG